AGUUGCGCGACCGGGCCAUGGCGGUGGCGGCUCCGGCCGCUCGGUGGCCGUGGGCCCUACUCUGCCUGGCGGCGGCUCCGCUGCUCUUCCCGAGGGCGACCGCCCUGUCUUGUUGUUACCAAGCAAAGGACAACUUGAUGUGCCGUGAUGUCUGUGAGCAGAUUCUGUCCUCCAAGAGUGACUCCCGUCUGAAGCACUUACUGCAGCGAGCACCUGAGUACUGUCCAGAGGCAAUGGGAGAAGUGUGGGGCUGUAUCAAUUCUUCCUUGCCAGGAGUGCUGAAGAAGUCUGACGGGUGGGUCGGGUUGGGCUGCUGUGAGCUGGCCAUCGCUGUGGAGUGCCGGCAAGCCUGCAAACAGGCUUCUGAGAAAAAUGAUGUUCUGAAGGUCUGCAGGAAGGAAUAUGAGAAUGCUCUCUUUAGUUGUAUUAACAGAAAUGAAAUGGGCUCGGUCUGCUGCAGCUAUGCAGGGCACCACACAAACUGCCGCGAGUACUGCCAGGCCAUCUUCCGCACAGACUCCUCUCCUGGCCCCUCGCAGAUCAAAGCAGUUGAGAACUACUGUGCAUCCAUCAGCCCCCAGCUCAUACACUGUGUGAACAACUACACACAGUCCUACCCAAUGAGAAACCCUACAGACAGUUUGUAUUGCUGUGAUAGAGCAGAAGACUAUGCCUGUCAGACUGCUUGUAAAAGAAUUCUCAUGUCCAUGAAAACCGAGCUUGAAAUCGUGGAUGGGCUGAUAGAAGGCUGUAAAACCAUGCCACUGCCCCAGGACCCACUCUGGCAGUGCUUCCUGGAGAGCUCACGGUCCGUUCACCCAGGAGUUACUGUGCACCCUCCACCCUCUACAGGCCUCGAUGGGGCUAAGCUCCAUUGCUGUUCUAAAGCAAAUUCCUCCAUGUGUAGAGAGCUCUGCACUAAGCUUUAUAGCACGAGCUGGGGCAAUUCACAGAGCUGGCAAGAGUUUGAUCGCUUCUGUGAGUAUAAUGCAGUUGAAGUUUCCAUGUUGACCUGUUUAGCAGAUGUACGAGAACCUUGUCAGCUGGGCUGUAGAAAUCUUACUUACUGCACUAAUUUUAAUAACAGACCAACAGAGCUUUUUAGGAGCUGCAACACUCAGUCAGACCAGGGGGCCUUGAAUGACAUGAAGCUCUGGGAAAAAGGGAGUAUUAAGAUGCCAUUUAUAAACAUUCCUGUGCUUGACAUUAAGAAAUGCCAGCCAGAAAUGUGGAAGGCAAUUGCCUGCUCCCUGCAGAUUAAACCUUGCCACAGCAAAUCUAGAGGAAGCAUUAUCUGCAAAUCAGAUUGUGUGGAAAUACUGAGGAAAUGUGGAGAUCAUAAUAAAUUCCCUGAAGGCCACUCAGCUGAAAGCAUUUGUGAGCUCCUGUCGCCAACAGAUGACUUGGAGAGCUGCAUCCCCUUGGAUACUUACCUGAGCCCAAGCUCUUUAGGCAGCAUCGUGGAGGACGUGACACAUCCAUGUAACCCAAACCCGUGUGCAGCUAACCAGCUGUGUGAAGUCAACAGGAAAGGAUGUCAGGCCGGAGAACUGUGCCUUCCAUACCUGUGUGUGCCAGGUUGCAAACUGGGAGAGGCCUCAGAUUUUAUUGUCCGCCAGGGUACACUUAUUCAGGUUCCGUCCUCGGCUGGCGACGUGGGUUGCUACAAGAUUUGUACCUGUGGACACAGUGGAUUGCUGGAAAACUGCAUGGAAAUGAGGUGUGUUGACCUCCAAAAGUCUUGCAUUGUUGGAGGACAAAGAAAAAGCCAUGGCACCUCCUUUACCAUAGAUUGCAACGUCUGCUCCUGCUUUGCUGGAGACCUCAUCUGCUCCUCACGCCAGUGCCUGACGGAGCACAGCUCUGACGACGAGCGCCGCAAGUUCACAGGGUUGCCGUGUAACUGCGUAGACCAGUUUGUGCCCGUGUGUGGUCAGAACGGACGCACCUACCCGAGCGCCUGCAUAGCUCGUUGUGUUGGGCUGCAGGACAACCAGUUUGAGUUUGGAUCAUGUAUGUCCAAGGAUCCCUGUAACCCCAGCCCCUGCAAUAAAAAUCAGAGGUGUGUACCAAAGAAACGAGUUUGCUUGACUAGCUUUGGGAAGUUUGAAUGUAGCCAGCAUGAAUGUGUGCCCAGGCAGCUGAACUGUGAGCAGACACGGGAGCCUGCCUGUGACACAGACAAUGUGGAACAUGCCAACCUGUGCACUUUGUACCAAAAAGGGAAGAGUUUAGCCUACCGUGGACCAUGCCAGCCGUUCUGCAGGGCAGUGGAGCCUGUGUGUGGGCACAAUGGGGAGACCUACAGCAGUGUCUGCGCCGCCUACGCCGACCGUGUGGCCGUGGACUACCCCGGGCACUGCCAGGCCGUGGGCGUCCUCUCAGACUUUGGCUUCCACACAGAGUGUGCCUUUGUCAGAUGCCCCCAGCUUGCUGCCGCCGGCUGCAAACCAGUCUUUGCACCAGGAGCCUGCUGCCCACUGUGUGCCGGGAUGCUGCGGAUCCUGUACGACAAAGAGAAGCUGGACACCUUUGCCAGGGUAACAAACAAAAAGCCCAUCACAGUGCUGGACAUCCUGGAGAAGAUCCGCCUGCACGUCUCAGUGCCACAGUGUGAUGUGUUUGGGUACCUGAGCAUAGAGUCUGAGAUUGUGAUCCUCAUCAUCCCUAUGGACCAGAACCCCAAACCACUGCAGAUUGAAGCCUGCAACAAGGAGGCAGAGAAGAUCGAGUCGCUGAUCAACUCAGACAGCCCCACGCUGGCAUCCCACGUGCCGCUGUCAGCCCUCAUCGCCUCUCAGGUGCAGGUCUCCUUCAGCAUCUCCUCUCCUGCUGCUCACCUGGGGCCUUCUCUGCACUCCCUGCUCGUCAGCCUCCUCCUCACCUCCUUAGCUUUAGUGCCUUCCAUGUAGCUCUUUAGGAAAGGUGCAUCAGUGCCACGGUGCUCUACCUUGUGGAGGACAUGGGGUUGGUCACUAAACCAGGAAACAAGAACUGUGCAAGAAUGGGUGAAUAGUGGUCAGUGAAGAGCCAGAAGUGUUUGGAACAACAGGCAGAGGUUGUUCUUGAUUCAUUCCUGGGCAUUUGGUCCUAUUUCAGCACAAUUCAGAUCCAUUCCCAUUGAUCCUGGAAAUGGGAGAAUGCUGUGCCAGGUUCUGACUCCAUGGAUUUGUGAUUUCUGGGAGAAGGGAUCUUGGAGAGUUGCCUUUUUUCAGCAAUGAACAAAAGUGUUUGGAGUUCACUGAAGAAGGUGCAUUUUGCACCCUCCACCUGCACAGCAGUGGCGACAAACAGGGCACCUACUUUAACCAUCACCCUUGGAAGAAACAAAUUGCUGCUACUUAAUUACCAAAAAAUGGAAGUUUGUUCUCCUGUAAAUAUGCUUCCAUAUUUUAUUGUGAAGGAAACUAAGCGGCCUUGGGCCUCUUCCAGUAGCCAUCUUCACUUGGAGCAGUGAGGAGCUGCGGGCCCAGCGCUGUGAGAUGACAAUCAAGCUCUGAUCCUGACUCAGCAAGGGGAGAAAGAUGUUCUGGGGAGAGCUUUGUACAGGUCAGCACCUCCCUGGGCUGCAGAGCCAUAAAGACUCUCAGCACCUCUAUUUAAGUGCCAUUGAAGUGUUGUGUUCUUUGCAUGUUGUUGCCUAAGGAGAUUUGGCCUUUAUCUAAGUUUUAAUACCUGUUGUAUUUUAUGCACCUGGCCUUAGCCACCAUGAAGUAUUUCCUGUCAGUAUUACCACAGAAGUGAUUGUUGCCAAAAUGCUGAACUUUGAGAGAAAGCACUAGAACCAUCCUGGAGCUGUUCUUGUAGCAUCUUUGUAGCUAUUAUUCCCUGCUAAGUCUGCUAAAGGCACAAGUAUUAAAGCCUUCUAUUUUACUACA